AUGUCUGAUUUCGGGGAUGAGAUGGACGUUGAUGUCCCUGCUUCCACUAAGGAUGUGACAUUCUCUUCAGAAGCUAACAAGGGCAAACGAAGCGCUGCGAAUCUGCCAGUUGAGGCCGAGGACAGCUUACCUUGGGUCGAGAAAUACCGUCCUAAUACCCUAGAUGACGUCUCCGGUCAUCAGGACAUCCUCGCUACCAUCAACAAGUUCAUCGACCAGAACCGCCUCCCCCAUCUCCUCCUCUACGGACCUCCAGGUACCGGAAAGACGUCGACAAUUCUCGCCCUCGCUCGCCGUAUCUAUGGAACUGCCAAUAUGCGCCAGAUGGUUCUCGAGCUCAACGCCUCAGACGAUCGUGGUAUCGACGUUGUGCGAGAGCAGAUCAAGACAUUCGCCAGCACAAAACAAAUCUUCUCUAUGGGUGGCACCUCUGGCCGUUCUGGCAACUCGAUGGCUGGCUUCAAGCUCAUCAUACUUGAUGAGGCUGAUGCCAUGACAAGUACAGCGCAGAUGGCUCUGCGACGAAUCAUGGAAAAGUACACAACCAACACUCGGUUCUGCAUUAUUGCCAAUUACUCCCACAAGCUCAGCCCGGCGCUUCUGAGUCGAUGUACGCGAUUUCGCUUCAGUCCCCUGAAGGAGGGUGACAUCAGAGUGCUGGUGGACAAGGUAGUGGAAGAGGAGCAUGUCAGGAUUGGAGGAGAGGCGGUCGAUGCACUGGUGAAGCUGAGCAAGGGUGACAUGCGAAGAGCGCUGAACGUUCUACAAGCAUGCCAUGCUUCAAGCACACCAUUGCGAGCAAAGGACGCACCAAAGGUGCCUGACAGCGAGAUCCAGCGCGAAAACAUCACAACAGAAACUAUCUACAACUGCAUUGCAGCACCACCACCAGAUGCCAUUACUGAGAUCGUAUCGACGCUGCUCAAGACAUCAGAUGUUACAAGCUGCCUCACCACCAUCAAUGCGCUGAAGGUAUCGCGAGGUCUUGCUCUGGCUGAUAUCAUCACAGCACUGUCUGAGGAGUUGGUAAAGCUAGAAGUUAGCCCUGAGGUGAUGAUCACCUGGUUGGACGGUCUCGCCAAUAUCGAGCAUAGAGUUGCUGGUGGAAGUAGCGAAACUAUCCAGACGGGAGCGGUUGUUGGAGUUGUCCGAAGCGGAGUUGAGUUGAUGAGCCGGUGA